AUGAAUAUCUCUGAAGAAAUUCAAUGUUACAAUAGCAUUCGUCCUCAUUGGAAUAUUAGUAUAGUUAAAUUAAUUACUAUCAUUAUUAUUAUAUCUAUCUUUAUUUUAUUACUCAUUGCUUUUUUUAUUCCUAAUUCUCCUUUAAAAUCAGUUAUUAUUUCAAUCAUCACUUCUUUAGAAGAUUUAUCCUUUGUUACUGCAUCAUUUUUAUUUAUUUUAUUUUAUAUCGUUGUUUUAUUAUUAGCCCUUCCUGCAACUCCAUUGAAUUUAGCAGGUGGAUUUUUAUUUGGAUUUUCAAAAGGAAGUUUAAUUAAUACAAUUGGUUGUUUUAUUGGUGCUUCAAUUCCAUGUUUUAUUGCCAAAUACUUCCUUCAAAAUACUAUUAAAUCAUAUCUUGAUGACCAUUCCAAAAUUCACCAAAUUAUACAAACUAUUGAAUCAAAUGAAUUUUUAAUGAUUCUUUUAUUAAGAUUAUCACCAUUAUUCCCAUUUCCUAUUUCUAAUUAUGUUCUUGGACCAUUUUGCUCUUUUCAAAAUUAUAUUGUUGCAACAUUCUAUGGAAUAAUACCAGGAACUAUAGCUUAUACUUAUUUUGGGAGUGUUGUUAAAAAUGUGAGUGAUAUAUUCUCAAAUCCAGAUCUUGAAAAUGAUUGGGUUGGUGUUUCAUUAAUGAUUUUGAUUGUUAUCUCUUCAAUUGUGUUAUUAGUUACAGUUACUAUUAUCACUAGAAAAGCCAUUAACAAUGUCAUCUCAAAAAAACAAUUAACAGACACAUUAAAAUAUGAUGAUAUGAUAAUCAUAACUAUUAAUUGA